AUGCUCCUACCUGUUCCUGAACCCUGUCCUAUCAAACAGGGCCGGCGCGCCAACCUCUUCUAUGACUUGGAGUACAUGAAGAAUCAAAAUCCUGGACUCUCGGCAGACGACCUCGUCGACACGAUCCUGGCAGUUACAGAAGACGUGUGCAGGGAGGCCUAUGGAACGGGCAUCUGGAAAGAAAGAGUUGUUGAACUGGAUGCAUCAUACUCAACAAAAUUCAGCAGGCACCUGAUCGUCCCGAUCUUCGGACGCUGCUUCUCAAAUGUACACGAAGAGAUGAAGGACUUCGUGGACAAGAACAUCAAGAAGCAGAUUACCUGGUCCCUCGCGUCUCUGGUGCCACUCUCCAGUACGCCGCUUCCUCCCCUUCAUCACCGAGAGCCCGUUGGUCACGCAGGCGCCAAAAUCUCCUCACGCAUCAUAAUCAACGAGGGCUUCCUGUCCUACUCGUUCAAGGGCACGAAGUUCUGCUACAAUGUCAAUAGACACCACACACAAAACAACAUGUACAUGGUCGUGGACCUACAGCAAGGGCACUUCUAUCAAAAAUGCCACGAUGACGUAUGCCAAGCGAUGAAUUUUAAAGGACCCUUUACGAGACUACCAGAAGGUCUGCUGUACGAAGCAAGGGCUGCCGUUUCUCAAGCGGUUACGCAAACGUCUACCAAAAAAAAACGGGCCUGGGGAGAGCUCGAGGACAUGAACCCCGAUUUCGCAGAAGCCAUAAAACCUCCCGAGCUGAGCGUCGAGAAAUCAACUUCGUUAAACCCCGGCAUCUGCACGCCAAAAACACCAGACGACCUCGUCUUCCCCCUACGACUACCGACGACCGCCACGUCACCAGAAGAGAGUCGCAAGCUGUCCGUUGCUACACAAACAGACGAGAGAGUAAUUGAAGCAACGAAAACGGGGACGAUCGGCGGAGACGCCUCUGAGUGGGGGGGCGACGCGCAGCCGCUCGAGAAGCCCCGGGAUGCCCAGGAGACGCCGGGCGGUGACAAAGCUGCAGAGGGGGGCAGCACGCAGCGGCCCCCGGAUGCCCCGGGUGAAGCGGGGUCUCAAGCGCAACACGACACGGAACCGAUCGGUGCAGAGACCUCGGAAUGGGGGGGCGACACCCAGCCCCUCACGCAGCCGUUCCAGCAGACACAGGAUGCCCCGGGUGAAGCGAAGAGCGGCGACCCGCGGUCGGGGUCUCAAGCGCAGCACGACACGGAGCCGAUCGGCGCAGAAACCUCGGAAUGGGGGGGCGACACGCAGCCGCUGGAGCAGCCGUCCCAGCAGCCCCAUAAUGCCCCGGGUGACGCGGAGAGCGGCGACCCGCGGUCGGGGUCUCAAGAGCAACACGACACGGAGCCGAUCGCCGCAGAAACUUGGAAUGGGGGGGCGACACGCAGCCGCUGGAGCAGCCGUCCCAGCAGCCCCAUGAUGCCCCGGCCGAAAACAUGUUUGAUGCGCUCGUUUCUCAUCUUCCUCAUCCUCCUCACUGAAGAGAAUGAGGCGGAUGAGCAUGAUGAAACCGAGGGGGUAGAGGCCCCCGGCGGCAAAGCCUGA